AUGGCAGUGAGAAUAAACUGCUCCAUUCAAAACACCCUCUCUCUCCUUAACCCUCCCCUCUCUUCCCUCCGUUUCAGAGCUUCUCCUCUGAAGCUGAAUCCCCAGUUCCGUUUUGGUCAAAAUCCCUCUCGAGGAGCUUUGUUCUGCACCUACGCCACCACAGAUAUCACUCCCUCAAAUGCCGAACCCUUUGUCCUCACCACUCCUCUCUACUACGUCAAUGCCCCUCCUCACAUGGGUAGCGCUUACACCACCAUCGCCGCCGAUGCCAUUGCUCGCUUCCAGCGGCUAUUGGGAAAAAAAGUUAUAUUUAUUACUGGCACGGAUGAGCAUGGGGAGAAAAUUGCAACUGCUGCCAUGGCUCAGGGUUCAACUCCUCCCGACCAUUGCAAUCUCAUAUCUCAAUCUUACAAGGCGCUUUGGAAAGAUUUAGAUAUUUCUUAUGACAAAUUCAUCAGAACAACUGAUAGCAAGCAUGAAGCAAUUGUCAAGGAAUUCUAUUCAAGAGUUCUUGACAGUGGUGACAUCUAUCGAGCUGAUUAUGACGGACUUUAUUGUGUUAACUGUGAGGAAUAUAAGGAUGAGAAAGAACUGCUUGAUAAUAAUUGUUGUCCAGUGCACCUAAAGCCUUGCGUUUCAAGGAAAGAGGACAAUUACUUCUUUGCACUGUCAAAAUAUCAGAAGGCAUUGGAAGAAACACUAAAUAAAAAUCCUAAUUUUGUGCAACCAUCAUUCCGUUUAAAUGAGGUUCAAAGUUGGAUAAAAAGUGGCUUGAGGGACUUUUCCAUUUCCCGAGCAUCAGUUGAUUGGGGCAUUCCUGUUCCUGAUGACAAGAGCCAGACUAUAUAUGUUUGGUUUGAUGCUUUACUAGGUUAUAUAUCUGCACUAUCCGAUGAUCAAGAGCAACCUGAUUUACUAAAAUCUGUUUCUUCAGGUUGGCCAGCUUCACUGCACUUGAUUGGUAAGGAUAUUCUACGCUUCCAUGCUGUAUAUUGGCCAGCUAUGCUAAUGUCUGCGGGACUAAGCCUUCCUAAAAUGGUAUUUGGCCAUGGAUUCCUGACAAAGGAUGGCAUGAAGAUGGGCAAGUCACUAGGGAACACACUUGAACCAAACGAUUUGGUUGAUAAAUUUGGGACAGAUGCAGUUAGAUACUUCUUCCUCAGAGAGGUGGAAUUUGGCAGUGAUGGAGAUUAUUCUGAGGAACGGUUCAUCAAUAUUGUCAAUGCACAUCUUGCCAACACAGUUGGAAAUCUUCUUAAUCGAACACUAGGGCUUCUAAAAAAGAACUGCCAAUCAAUUCUGGUAGUGGAUUCCGCCACGGCUGCUGAAGGAAAUUCAUUCAAGGAUAAUGUAGAGAAUCUGGUUGAUAAAGCUCGCAUUCACUAUGAAAAUCUGUCCUUGUCAUCAGCUUGUGAGGCUGUUCUGGAGAUUGGUAAUGUUGGUAAUUCCUAUAUGGAUCAGCGUGCACCAUGGUCUCUCUUUAAACAAGGAGAUACUGCUGCUGAAGCAGCUGCUAAGGACCUGGUAAUUAUAUUAGAGACGGUGAGGAUUAUUGCUAUUGCGCUAUUUCCUGUUACACCAAGCUUGAGUUGGAGAAUAUAUGAACAACUUGGCUAUUCCAGGGACCAAUUUGAUGCAGCAACCUGGAAAGACACCAAGUGGGGUGGACUUAAGGGUGGCCAAGUGAUGGCUCAACCUAAACCAGUCUUUGCUAGGAUUGAAAACCAAACUGAAGUUGAAGACAAAAGCAAAGGGGUUGCAGUUGGUAAGACUGUGAAAAGCAAAGGGAAGUUGAAGUUGAAGCAAGCCCAAGAAGUCGCUGGAGCUUAGAUACCAUGUUUGAUGUCUUUUCCCUUUCUGAAUUGUUAUUAUUUUCUCUAACUCAGCUUCGUGUACACAAACAUUUAGACACAUACAUGUGCAAGAAGGUAGCAUGAGCACCAGGCAUAUGCAUGUGUAUAAAUUUUGAACAAUUUUGUUUUGGAAAUAAAGUUAGAGUGCAUAAUGUUUUA